GUGCCAGAUGUGAAUGCGCGCUUCAACGAGCACCGUUAAAUCGUGCUUUGUCAUAUGAAACUUAAAAAUGUUUCACGAAACAAUGCCAAAGUUUUAUGUUUAACACGAAUGAAUAAAUAAAAUUUUGAAGCUAGUUAUCUACAACAAUCUUAACAAAACUCUUUACGGUGGUCAAAGCUGAAAGUGCGUUUGUUAGAUUGCAUGUAUCGCAUGUGCCUAGCGGUGUUCUGGAAAGAAGUACAGUUCUAUCUUCGACGUAGAAUUGAUUUUUUAACUCUGUUAGAAACGUGAAAGGAAAAUUUCAUCUGCGUAUUGAUAGAUUCAUAAGCAUUGACAUGCCGCUUCUUCGUAAGCAACCGUUUCAACGACUUCACGUCUCCUCAGACUUCAAGGAUGAUGAUGAAGUUUUCCAUUGUGAGGUUACCAAUGAAAUUUUCAAGGACUACAAUGAAUUCUGUGAGAGAAUUAUUUUAUGCAAUUCGCUUAUAUGGUCAUGCAGUAUAACUGGUAGAACUAACAUGACCUAUGAAGAGGCUUUACAAUGUGAAGAAAAUGCUAAGAAAAGUCUUAAAGAGUUCCCUAUGGAGCUACGUAUUCCUAUAUUGUAUCUUGCCAGUAAAACUAACAGAUCUUCUUUUAAUGACAUGAUAGAAGAUGUAUAUCAGUUUGCAAGAGAUCGCUAUUUUGUAGGAGAAAUGGUAGAAGCAAGUUUCACAGAGGAUUCUUGGUGCGAUUGCCAUGUUCUUCAAGUUAUUGCACCUUCAGAACAGCAAAUCAAACAGUAUGCUAAAGAAAAUCACAGGAAUUCCCAGGAACAACAAUAUCAUCCACCAGCAAAGUUAUUUCGUUAUGAAGUAGAACAGUUAGACUGUGGAGAGUCUGAUAUCAGCCAACUUAUGAUAGUGGAAGCAACACAAGUAAGGAGAAGAAAGCAACAUUACAGCAGAGAACGUAAUAAAAUAUUUUUACGUCAGCUGUGCGAGCAAAAUGAAAGCGGUAUAUGGACUGUAAAAGACAGUGUUUUACAGAAAUACGGAAUUAGUAAAGUACGUUUUGACACUAUAUUUGCUGGUCCUCCGCCAGAUUUUACGUCACGCGUUAAGAAAUAUGUUAGACAUAAACAAGAAUCGAUAGAGAAAUUUUUGACAACAAAUAUUUCCAAGCAAAAAGCAAUGGAAAAGCCAGAUCCUCUUAAGAAGGUCAAUCAGGGAGGAGUGGACGUAAAAAAGUUUCGAAAACCGAGAAUGAAUGGAAAAUUUAAAGAAGACCUUAAAGCAAAAGCUCUCGAAGAAAAGGCAAAACGAAAAGAAGAACGAGUUCUGAAAAGUGAGCGUAAAAAAGAAGAGAAACAAAAAUUAGCUGCUUUGGCUGCAUAUAUGAGACAGUGGAAUAAACCAAGAGAAGAUCUUGAAUGUGAAGAUCUUUCUCCUAUUCCACAACCUACACCAGUUAAAAGCAGUAUAGCCAAUGAAAAAUUCGGCGAUGCUGUAAUGAUUCUAGAAUUUUUAGAAUUCUUCAAUGAUGAAUUAGAAGUCGCUACAUAUUUUCCACAUAGUUUUACAUUAGACUUGUUAGAAAAGGCGCUGUUGGUCAAGGAAGCAUCUGGACCAUGGAGUGAUCUCCUACAAUUGCUACUGUCAAACAUAUUUAAAUAUCAAGCAGACGAAGAAGAUGAAAUUCAUGCUCAAGCAUCUGAUUUAGUGAAUGAUAAUAGUAUGUAUGAAGGAGUAACAUCAAUGACAAAAGCUGUAAAACUUGCUACAAUAGCUUCUAGCUGGAGUCAAAUGUAUCAAGGCUGUAAAUUGUCCGAGAUGACAUUAGAUCAUGUAACUUUGAGUGAGAUUUUAAGACAACAUUUGUUAAGUUCUGGUGGCCGAAUAGGUGAAGUUGCUUCGAAAUGGAGAUAUUCUCAGAGAGGUGGAUAUACAAAUCAAGAUGAUCCUGCACUUUUGAUGAGAAUAAACGAGGCAUAUAUUUUAAGAUUGUUGGGACAUCGUAAUGUUCACGAAUUUGAUUUAGAUGAAAAAUUAAAAGUAGCCACGUGUCUAAUUAAUCAGUUACUUACUUUUGCUUCGAUACGAGACGUAAUUGAAGAGCGACACGAAAAGGUUCAUCAAGCAAGAAAAGAAUUGAAAUCUUUUCUGAUAGCUGAACAAAAAAAGGAAAAAGAGGAAAAAGAAAAAAUGAGAGACCGUGAGAAAGAUAAAGAAAGUAAAACACCAAAGAAAGUUACACGUGGUAAUUGUGAAGAAGAAAAGAAAAAAGAAGAGUAUGAAAAUAAAUUAAAAGAACUUCAGCAAGCAUCCAGGGAUGAUAAAAUGAUGCUUUAUUUAGGUUCUGAUAGAACUCAUCGCAGAUAUUGGAGAUUUUUAUCAAUUCCAGGAAUAUUCGUAGAAAACGAUGAGUGGUGGCCAGGUAACUGCCUUCCAGAAGGUACUCCUUACCAACCGGAAUUACAAGACAGAGAAUCUACAUAUGCAUACUUAAGAAAUAAAUUUGAAGAUGAAUUCAGUGAUAAAGAAAAUAGAUUUAAGAAGGCAAAGAAAUCUCCCAAAAAAGUUACAUUUUCUGAUAAAAAUGGUCUCAAAUCUCCAAGGAAAGAUAUAUCUCGCAAACAAGAGCUAUUUGACAUAAGAAAAAACUUGAUGGCUUGUACAGGAGAUAAAGAAUGUCCAGUUCACUGGAAAAGAUCAGAACCAAAAUGGAGUUUCUAUGGAAAGCCAGAAGACAUAGAAGCUCUAGUGAAUGGUUUAAGUAAACGAGGAAUUAGAGAAGGCGAACUCAGGAAUAACAUUAUGCAAGAAAUGACGAGUUUGAUGUGUGUGAUCGAAGAGUGUCCUCGACAGAAACUUAAUCCUGACGUUUUUGCAGGACCUAUUAAAGGACCUUCUAAUAAAACUUCAAAAAAAAAUAAAUACGAAAACGCUAACUUAAACUUUCCUUCUGAAAUGCCAGUGGUCGAUGUUUUAGAAUUAACAUUAAGAGAUUAUAUUUUAGAUUUCGAAGAUAAAAUAAAAUCAGGUUGCUUAGGACAUUUAAAAGUCAAUGAUCGAGAAGCAUGGAGAAAAGCAAUUAACAGCAAGGGCUAUGACAAACAGUGUGAUAAACUAAUAUAUGGUACAAAUGAAAUUGAAGUAGACGUUGCUAGUAAUAUAACUUUAGAUAAAGUCAAAAACGAAGCUAAGCAUAGUCGACCAGGUACUCCAGAUUCAGAAGUUGGAAGUAUUAAUAUAAAAACUUACAAAGAUUCAGGAAAAUACUUAGGGCCACCAAAUGAAAAUGAACUACUCCCAGAUCCUAAGCAACAAACAGUUAUUAAACAAAUGGCUUGUGCUAUUUUACAAUUAUCUUAUGCUGUAGAUCAAAAGUACUUACAGAAACCAUUAUGUGGUGACGAAAAAGACAAAAAAUGGACAGGUGAAGAAACCAGAGAAAGAUGGGAGCAAUCUCUUAUGGCAUCGACAAGUUGGUCUCAAUUAUUUUUACAUUUAAGUACAUUAGAAAAUAGCGUCGCGUGGGAUAGAAGUGCACUCAAUGCCCAGUGUCGCAUAUGUAGACGACGUCGAGAUCCCGAGAAAAUGCUACUUUGUGAUGAGUGCAACAAAGGCCACCAUUUAUAUUGUUUAAAACCAAAAUUGAAUACUGUACCAGAAGGAGACUGGUAUUGCAAAGUAUGCAAGCCACCGACCAAAUCAAAGGAGAAACUUAAAAAACGUAAGAUAUUCGAAGAUGAGUUGGAAGAAGAAGAAGUAAUAUUAACUAAAGAAACUCGACAUAAUCGUGCAAAACGAAUUCUUGAAAGCGAAGGAGAAGAGGAUCAAGACGACGAUGACCUAGAAGAAGAUAGUGACGAGGAUAUGGACAGUCAGCACAUGAAUGUGUGUUCUGUAUGUCGAAGCGGUGGAAAAUUAAUCAGGUGUGACGCAUGUUCAAGCUUCUAUCAUGUAGAAUGUAUAGAACCUCCUAUGGCAAGAGCACCUCGAGGAAGAUGGUCUUGUUCAGACUGCAAGGAUAGAAAAGAUAGGAAGACGACUAAUAAGUAUGUGAGGGGGCGUGAAAGGGAAAGAGACGGGGAGAGGCAGUGCGCUGCAGCAGCACGCUCUCGCAUCCAUGGCUUUGCCAAGAGCCUCCUCACUACAGAGUCUACAGACUGGGAGGAUAGUAGCACUUCAGAAGAUACUGAACCAAGGCAAACAAGGCGAGCAACUAAAAGAGCGGCUGAGAUAGAAGAAGAUAAAGGAACAGUUAAAGGAUGCAUGGGAAGACUACAGGAAUUACUUACAGAUGUGAUGCACCAUAGAGAUUCUUGGCCUUUCCUAUCACCUGUUACAAAAGACGAAGUUCCAGAUUAUCACGAUAUUAUCUCAAAUCCCAUGGAUUUCGGUACAAUUAAAUAUAAACUUAACAAUGGAGAAUAUGAAACGUCGGAACAGUUUUUCGGUGAUUGUCAUUUAGUAUUCGAAAAUUGUCAAGUUUAUAAUGAAGAGCAUAGUGCAGUUUACAAUUACGUGUACAGAGCAGGUAUGAGGUUACUGAAGUACUUCGAAAAGCGAUGCAAGGAAUUAGGAUUAAAUUAUGGUGAGGAACCACUACGUCCAUCAAGCGCAAAAAAACCAAGAUUUGAAGAAAAUGAUCUCGUGGAUAGCGAGGAUGAAGAUACUGAAGAAAUUCAGAAGUCAAGAUAGAAACAAAGUACUUUUUCCAAUACAUUCUAUUUAUUAAAUAUUAACUUUUAUUCCUAAUACGUAAAUGUACCUUGAAACUGAAAAUGGAUUUAUGUACUGUAAUAUUGAACAGUAUAUAAAUUCAUAAUUCAACAGAAGAAAUACUGUAAAGUACAUAUUACUAAAAGACUUCGUUUACUAAAAGUUACAAAGUGCUAUACAUACAGAAUUUAUAAAAUUAAUCUAUUGAAACAGGUGAUAAAAUGCAAGCUUAAAAAUGUUUCAAAUAUUUUCUCCUUCGUUACUUAUCAAAUAUCCCGAUCAGUUUUUUUAGGCUUGCUAUAAUAAAAUGCAUACACAGUAUUAUUUGUAGAAUUUUACGCAUGUUGUAAGUGCUCUCAUAUAUUUGUUAGAUUUUUUAAAAUAGAGCAUUUUAUAAAUAAGUAAACCAGCGCAUAAGCAAUGAACUAAUUUCAUUUGCUUGAACCAGUACAAGGUUAGUCUUUUGAGUUAGUAGUAUUACAAUUCUUUUUUUUUUUUGUUGGACAAGUUUUUUUUACAUUGUAUUAAUGAUUAUUUAUUAUUUUAAUAUUAUUGAUUUUAUUGCAUUUCAUGUAUUCUUUUACUGCAAACAAUUUUAAAGGUUACCUAACUGUAUUCUAAACUCUUUAGGCUUUUACCUAUGCAAAAUUCGAAUUCAUGUAAAGUGUUCUGCAUUACUUGUCUUUUAUAACGUAUUUAUACCAUACGAAGUACGAUGAAACGUAACACGACUGAUGAUUUAAGAGUUAAUACAUGCGUAAUAAAAAGAAAACUUUUUUAUUGUGAAUGCAAAAAGUAUUCUUAUAACACUUAAAUUUAUAUAUAACAUAAUUAUUAUGCCUGUAUCUAUAAAGUAGAUUUUACUGGGGUUCAAAUAUGUUGUUAUAUAUUGCACAAAAUUAUUAGGAAUUAAAGAUCUUAUUGUUUAAUUAUUUUUGUUUUAGGUUUUGCCAAAUUGUUCGUGUAUUAGUGGUACUUAUCCUUUUUUCCUUCUUUUUUUUCUUUUUUCUUUUCAAUCAAAAAUCAGCCUUUAAAAAAAACUGAAAAUUUAGGCUGGCCCUAUACAAAAUCUACAGUACAAAUUAUUAUUAAUCUCUAUAUUGUACAGCAGUAGAAACACAGUUCUUUGUAAUCAUGUAUGUUUUAUACAAUUAAUUUGGUAAUAAACUUUUCAAGUAGAUUUGUAA